GGCUGCUGCUGCUUGGGCUGCUGCGCUGCAGACGCUGCAGAGAGACGGGGGCGUUUAUUGAUUGUCUAAAAAACGUAUAUAAAUACCUAAUUUUUGUUCUUAGGAGGAAGCGAAUCAUGCUAGGACUCACUUCCAGUGUCUGAGAACAUCAUACUUCAUGUUUCAAAUCAGUCCAAACCUGCAGAAACAGGAGCUAUGGCAUUCAGCUUCGACUCGUCCCAACCACAUCUGAAGCAAAGCACGUCUGAAGCAGGUCCUGGCAAAGGACCGUUCACCAACUUGAAUCUGCCUCGUGAACCCAAGUGCCCUGCUCUUGGUUCUAAAGGAGAUGCUGCCAAUGUGGAAAGUAAUUUUACGAGUUUUGACAUGGGUAUCAGCACUGGGAUGCAAAAUGAGGUCACAAGCAAUAGCCUUACUGCAAUGAAAAGUGAAACAGAAUUUCAAGAAAGCCAAAUUAAUAAUGACGAAACACAAUUAUUUUGUAAUAAUCAAACGCAAGGUAGUAUUUCUCCUGUUGAAAAUGGUGAACAAGAGCAAAGUUCCAUGCAGGAGCCUGAGCCCUUAGAAUGUGACCUCAAAUGUCCAAUCUGUAGCAAGUCAUUUCCAUCUUCUGUUCAUCUUAAGCGGCAUGUCAAAUAUCAUGUAACAGCUCGUUCAUUUAAAUGCACUGAGUGUAUGGCUUCAUUUGUUUCAAGUAGAGAUCUGAAAAUUCACACUAGGACUCACACGGGUGAAAGACCAUAUAAAUGUGAAGACUGUGGAGCUACCUUUACUCAGGUCGGCACUUUGAAGGUGCACUUACGUGUGCAUACCGGUGAAAGGCCACACAAGUGCCCGCAGUGCAAUGCUUCCUUCAGUACUCCUAGUAAUUUCAAGCUACAUCUCAUGUAUCAUAAGGGCGAGAGACCAUUCAAGUGCUCACAGUGUUCUGCUACAUUCUUAACAGCUCGUGAUCUCAAAGUCCAUGAUCGCAUACAUACGGGUGAAAAACCAUAUGUGUGUAGUGAAUGUGGCGCAAGGUUUUCUCAAGGAGGUACUCUCAAAGUUCACUAUCGCAUUCAUUCAGGGGAAAAGCCAUUUGUUUGCAAAGAGUGUGCGGCGGAGUUCACAACUGCAAGCAAUUUAAAAUCUCAUUGUGCAACACAUUCUGGAGAGCUGAAAUACAGAUGUGAUAUAUGCCAAGCUGGAUUUAACAAAGCUAGUACUCUUACUAUUCAUUGGAGAACACAUUCAGAAGGCAAGCAGUCUAAGUCAAAAAGUGUUACUCAGAAUUGACUGACUUUUCUAUGGAACUUAGGAAAUAGUACUGAUUUAAAGUAAGUCAUUUACAAUGUUAUUUACAAAUUUUAUACAUAGUUUUCCUCUCCCACCUAGGAAAAAGUGAAACAGUUAUGUACUUGAACAAACAGAAGUUUAAUUUUUGUUGUAGGCUGUUGAGUGUACAUCUUCUUUUUUUGUGAGUGAUGUUUUGUAUGUUAAUUAAAACUAUAUGAUGGAAUAAUAA